GCUUACCAAGAGUGAAGUGAAGCUUUGCAAUUUCUCUCUGCAAUUUCACAUUCCCCUGUUCUUCCAAUCCCCGUCAAUUUUUUUUUAAAUGGGUCUAAUCUGUCAUAAGAGGAACCUCAAUUUCUUAAAAAUCACAGCAACCUUAAAAGCAAGAACCCAAAAUCGUAAAGCCAACAACUUUUGCUCCAAAACCCAAAACAACAGCAACAUAGUCAAUGAAAUCACAACGUUUCUCAACCAAAAAAAUUGGGAGUCUUUAUUACCUUUGGUGUCGAAUAAGCUGAGCCCAGAUGUUGUUCACUCAGUUAUUACAAAACAGGUAAAUGAUCCUAAACGUUUGUUAGAUUUCUUCAACUGGGUUCAGUUUCAAAUGGGUUUCUCUCAAAAGUUACAAUCUUUUUCGAUUCUUGCAUUAAUUUUAUGCAAUUCAAGGCUCUUUUCUAGGGCUGAUAGUGUUGUAAAUCAAAUGAUAAUGAUGUCUAGUGGUGGAUAUUCAGAGAUUUUGGAUUCAUUAAUUAAGUCUUGUAAAGAGUUUGAUUUGAAUAAUGUUAAUGGUAAUGAAAAUAGUAAUAACAAUGAUCGUGGGGUAGUUUUUGAGUUGUUGAUUGAUGGGUAUAAAAAGAAAGGGCUUUUUGAUGAGGCUGUUAGUUUUUUUUUGGGCGCGAAAAGGAAUGGUUUUGUUGUUGGCUUGUUGUGUUGCAAUGGGUUGUUGAGUGAUUUGCUGAAAGCUAACAAAUUGGAGUUGUUUUGGAGAUUUUAUAAUGGGAUGUUAGAGGCUAACGUGUUGCAUGAUGUCUAUACUUAUACCCAUUUAAUAAAUGCACAUUUUAGAGCAGGGAAUGCUAAGGAGGGUAAACGCUUGCUUUUUGAAAUGGAAGAGAAGGGCUGUAGUCCUAGUUUGGUUACUUACAAUGUGGUGAUUGGUGGGUUGUGUAGAGCUGGGGAGGUUGAUGAAGCGUUUGAGUUGAAGAAGUUGAUGGACAAGAAGGGUUUGGUCGCGGAUGUUUUUACUUAUAGUAUACUUAUUGAUGGGUUUGGUAAACAGAAGAGAUGUACUGAGGCGAAGUUGAUGUUGGAAGAGAUGUUUAGCAAGGGUUUAAAACCUGGCCACGUUGCCUACACUGCUUUGAUUGAUGGGUUCAUGAGACAAGGUGACAGCGGAGAAGCAUUUCUGGUCAAGGAGGAGAUGCUUGCUCGUGGAGUUAAAUUGAAUCUUUUUACAUACAAUGCUCUUGUUAAAGGGGUGUGUAAGUUUGGUGAUAUGGAGAAGGCAGAUGCUCUUUUAAAUGAAAUGAUUAUGGUGGGGAUAAAACCUGAUACCCAGACUUAUAAUAAUAUGAUUGAGGGAUAUUUGAAGGAACAGAAUACAUCACGGGUUAAAGAUUUAUUGUCUGAGAUGAAGAAGAGUAACUUGGUGCCCACUGCAUACACUUGCGGCAUGAUAAUCAAUGGUCUAUGUCGCCAUGGAUCUAUUGAAGAUGCCAGUAGAGUGUUUGAGAUUAUGGUUUCUCUGGGUGUGAAACCGAAUGCUGUAAUCUACACAACUUUAAUAAAAGGUCAUGUUCAGGAAGGGAGAUUUCAAGAGGCAGUGAGAAUUUUAAAGGUAAUGGAUAAGAAAGGGGUUCAGCCUGAUGUAUUAUGCUAUAAUUCUGUAAUCAUUGGCCUCUGCAAGUCUAGAAAAAUGGAAGAAGCAAAGGAUUAUUUGGUUGAAAUGAUUGAGAGGGGACUUAAGCCAAAUGUGUAUACUUAUGGGGCUUUAAUACAUGGAUAUUGCAAGUCAGGGGAAAUGCAAGUAGCUGACAGGUACUUCAAGGAGAUGCUAGGUUGUGGUAUAGCACCAAAUGAUGUUGUUUGCACAGCCCUGAUCGACGGGUACUGCAAGGAGGGUAGCACUACAGAAGCCACUUCAAUUUUUAGAUGUAUGCUAGGACGGUCAGUGCACCCUGAUGUGCGGACUUACAGUGCCCUCAUCCAUGGUCUCUUGAGGAAUGGGAAGCUUCAAGGAGCAAUGGAGCUGCUAUCCGAAUUUCUUGAAAAGGGAUUGGUGCCUGAUGUCUUUACCUACAACUCUAUCAUAUCUGGCUUUUGCAAGCAAGGUGGUAUAGGGAAGGCUUUUCAACUUCAUGAAUACAUGUGCCAAAAAGGCAUCAGUCCUAACAUCAUCACUUACAAUGCUUUGAUCAAUGGACUUUGCAAGGCAGGCGAGAUAGAAAGAGCCCGGGAGCUGUUUGAUGGAAUUCCAGGAAAGGGUUUGGCUCAUAAUGCUGUGACCUAUGCGACUAUCAUAGAUGGGUAUUGCAAAUCUGGAAAUCUAAGCAAGGCAUUUCGGUUAUUUGAUGAGAUGACAUUGAAGGGGGUCCCACCUGAUAGCUUUGUCUACAGUGCCCUCAUUGAUGGAUGUCGCAAAGAAGGAAAUACUGAAAAGGCCCUGUCCCUAUUCUUAGAAUCAGUGCAGAAGGGCUUUGCUUCCACUUCUUCUCUCAAUGCUUUGAUGGAUGGGUUCUGCAAGUCUGGGAAGGUGAUUGAAGCUAAUCAGUUGUUGGAAGACAUGGUCGAUAAGCAUGUCAAACCAGAUCACGUGACCUACACAAUUCUGAUUGAUUAUCAUUGCAAGACAGGUUUUUUGAAGGAAGCAGAGCAGUUCUUUGUUGAUAUGCAAAAGAGGAAUCUGAUGCCAAAUGCUUUAACUUAUACAGCACUUUUAAGUGGUUACAACAUGGCGGGGCGCAGAUCUGAGAUGUUUGCUCUUUUUGAUGAAAUGAUUGCAAAAGAUAUUGAACCUGAUGGUGUUACCUGGAGUGUAAUGAUUGAUGCUCAUCUCAAAGAAGGUGACCAUGUGAAAACUUUGAAGCUGGUGGAUGACAUGUUGAAGAAGGGUGGUAAUGUGAGCAAAAACGUGUGUCAUGUGCUAAUUGAUCCAUUGUGCAGAAAGGAACAUGUUUCUGAAGUGCUGAAGGUACUUGAGAAAAUAGAAGAGCAAGGAUUAAAUCUCAGUCUCGCUACUUGCAGCACUCUAGUACGCUGUUUUCACAAAGCAGGCAAAAUGGACGGUGCAGCGAGGGUCUUAAAGAGCAUGGUCAGAUUCAAAUGGGUUCCAGACUCCACUGAAUUAAAUGACUUAAUCAAUGUGGAACAAGACAGUACAGACUCUGAGAAUGCUGGUGAUUUCUUAAAGCAAAUGGCAUGGGAAGUUGCUUGCCAGGUGCGGGCCUGAUUGCUUGUAAUUGGAUGAGGGAAUUGUAGUUGUAAUCCUUCAAAUUGUUUUCUUCCUGUAGUUUCAUGGGAUUAUGAAUCUGAGCAACAUUUUCCAGGAAUUAAGUGAUGGGCUUAGGCAGCAACGGUGGCAGCCAAGUCUCAUGUUCAUACAAUGUUGCUCGAUACUAAAACGGUGUAACAAUAAAUUUACACCGUGUAUCUUUGCUUGGAAGGUUACCAAAACAAGGUUUUGGUUGGAGAAUUUGGAGAGAAAGGAAUGCCAACUACAGACAUCACAGAGGGACACUUAAUACCUCGGGGAUAGCUACAGUUUUCCAUGAGGUGCUGGCCCUCAGAAUUUGAAAUGGACCACCAUUGGUUUGAAGCCAAGGCCUUAAUCUCUCCACCAAGUAAAAGCAGAAAAUAGCAAGUCAGAGGGAUAAGAAUAAAUGCAUGAGGCAUUGAUUUGGUUUAGUGGCCAUUGACCAAGAUAGCAGAUGAAGGCUUGAAGCAGGCUGCUAUCGCCACCAGCCUUUGGCACUGGCUGAAAAGUGAAAACAUAAAAACUUGCAGCUGCGGCAACUAAGAUUAUGGCUUUGAAAGCGAGCAGAGCAGAGUGGGGCAGAAGAUGACCAUGAUUUUAACUUUUGUCAUGUCUUCCAGUUCUCUGUGUGUUUGAGUUACGAGGUUGUAUACCCUCUUGCAUCUAAUGAUGCUCUUUUGUAUCUUCAAGGUCAAGACCUCAGCAAUGUUCAAAUUUAAAGCAGUUUCAUCCGAGGUGCAUUGCAUGGGUAGUAGUAUUUUAUUCCUUUUGGUAUCCAGCUAAACAAUAAAGAAGAAACCUAGCGACCUGGAGGAUACCUGCAAGGACAACGUUGUACUGAUGUUUUGUUACUCGAUGUAUUAACUAUAAUUAUAAUUAAGACAUGCACUUGGACCA